UUCCUUGCCAAAAACAGUGAAAACCCAUGAAAGUUUUGGACUUUUCAGCUCAACUUCUUCAAUCAAGCACAACCCAACACAACCCUUUUUUUUUUUUGACAAUUUAUUUUUGAAAAAAACUUUUUUUUAAAAGAAAAUUUAUUCUUUUUUUGCCCUUCUCCUUCUUCUUCUUCUAUGGAUCCUAAAACCUCAUCAACAACAAAGCAGCCCCAAGAAGUGGUAGCCAACUUUUUGAAGCCUCCAGAAGAAGAAGAAUUAAUCAUGGGUGAAAACAAACCAGCUGAAAUAAAAGAUUUCCAAAUAGCAAUUGCAGAGAAAGAAGAAGGGAAAAAACAGUUAGCCCCAAAAAGAAGCUCAAACAAAGACCGUCACACCAAAGUGGAAGGCAGAGGGCGAAGAAUCCGGAUGCCAGCUCUAUGUGCGGCUAGGAUUUUUCAGUUGACCAGAGAAUUGGGUCAUAAAUCCGACGGCGAGACCAUCCAGUGGUUGUUGCAGCAGGCGGAGCCGUCGAUAAUCGCAGCCACAGGAACCGGAACCAUUCCGGCUUCUGCUCUAGCGGCGGCGGCAGGUUCUGUUUCGCAACAGGGGGUUUCUCUGUCGGCCGGAUUGCAUCAAAAAUUGGAGGAAUUAGGAGGUGGGGGGUCCAGUAGGGUCAAUUGGGCGAAUUUGGGGAGACCCCAUUUGGCCGCUACACCCACAGGGCUUUGGCCCUCAUCUGUCACUGGCUUUGGAUUUCAGCCUUCAACUGCUGCUUCUGCUGCUGCUGUUGCUGUUGCUGCUCAAUCAGCUACUAAUUUAGCUAAUGAAACUUCAAAUUACUUUCACAAACUUGGGUUCCCACCUUUUGACUGUUCCCCAACCAACAUGGGUCCUAUGAGUUUCACCUCCAUUUUAGGUGCAAACACUCAACAAUUACCUGGUUUGGAGCUUGGAUUGUCCCAAGAUGGCCAUAUUGGGGUUAUAAAUCCUCAGGCACUCAACCAGAUUUACCAACAGAUGGGACAGCCUAGAGUUCAUCAGCAUCAUCAGCAUCAUCAUCAUCAUCAACACCAUCACCACCAGCAACCUCCUGCUAAGGAUGAUUCUCAAGAUUCAGGCUAGAAAAUGGAAGAAUAAGGAUUUUUUUUUUCUUUGAGAGAGGAUGGCAAAUGGCUAUAAGGGUUUUUUCUAUCUUUUUUUUUUUUUCUCCUUUUGGUUUUUCCUUUUUCUUAAUGGGUUUUUGUAUUGUAUUGUAUAAUUUCAAAGUGAGAACAAAAAGAAAAGAAAAAAGAGAGAGAGAGAGAGAGAGAGAGAGAGAGAGAGAGGGAGAGAUACCUACCUGAGAGGAAAUUCUAUAGUGAUCUUUAUUUGGUUUGCACCCUCCUUGUGAUUGCAAUCUUUCAAACUCUUCUUCACAUCCCAGGUGUGAUUGUAUACAACUGAAAGCAGCUUGGCUUGAGCUUAACUACAUUUUUUCUGUUUGUUUCUCUAUUAAAAAAGGUGUGUUGAUCAUAUUGUAAGUUUACUUGUUCAGUUCUUCUCUAGUUCUUGCUGGAAUGGUGAACAAUUGGUUUGUGAAAUUUGAGAUAGAAUUUUUUUUCCCCAGUCCCUAAGUCUUCUGUUUUCUGAAUAAUCAAAGGAGCUAUUAGUUUGUUCUUUGCAUUUCACCUCUUAUAAACAACAUUGAGUUCUGAAUCUCAAACUGCUUACUUUGGUUUACAAUCUUUGAAAUUUUGCUAUUCCUGGCCGAGUGCACUUAAUGUCGGAGGAACGAUUUAGGAUGUUCACUUACUGUUGGUCGUCGGGCUAGGUAAGCAUCUAAUGCAUUCAUUGAUCUUUUAAUUCAAAUAGUUAACAUAAUGUGUAUUUAUGCUAUAUAUUAAUAGUCAUUGCAUUGGUCCACACCAAAAAUCCCAGUGUUGCCUUUUCCUUAACUCGAAAGGCGAUUGUAACACUUUGUAGCUUUAUAUUUACAUUGUACAUUAGACAGACAUCUCAAGUCUGUUUGAAGCAUUUAAGAUCUAUCUGCACUCUAGUCAUUUUGGCAUCCUUUUCUGCUACUUUGUCAUAUGCCUUUUCUGAUAUCUACUAUAGAAUGUGCUCGUUUCAUGAGCUUAUAUACUUGUUCAAGGCGGUAUACGAUCAACAUUCUCCUAUGGGAUAUCUUAUUUGGUUCUAGUACCGCUCCUGAGCUCUCCCUUUGUAGCAUUUGAGUUCUAUGACAAUUGUUUACCAAGUAUCCAUCUGCAGGUUGCAUUUGACAUCAAUGCUGAGAAGAACAACCUUUGGAGAGAUCUCUAUUUUCUCACAUGCAUGUGUUUAUGAGCUUUACAUGGGUAAUGUUGAUCUUUACUUCUCUCUUAGUCAGGUCAGGAAGUCGAUCUCAUUUUUCGACAUUUAUUUCCUUUGUUCUUGUCCUACUACGCAUCGUUACAUCAUCCACUCUGCUUUCAUAUGCUUGAAAAAACUUUUAGGAUAUGACAGUAAACGAGCAUGUAUAUCUUUUCUUGAGUCACCUCUGUUAGAUCUGGCAUAUCAUUUAUACACACAGUUAUAGUCCGACCGUUGAGCCUAUCAUGUCAUAAGUUCAAAGCAUGUGCUAAAUGAGUCAAGGUCGGAGUUUCUCAAUGAAUGCCGGCUUCAGUUUUCUCUAGCAAAAAGGUAAGAGUAUGGAGUUUAUUGUUGCCCUUUCUUUAGGAGUUGAAAACAUUCUCAAUUCUGAGAGAAAAUUUGGGUAAUGAAGCUUCUAAUAGUUCUAUAAAGACUCAGCAGGGAAAGGGCCAAAACCAAAACAGGAACUCAGUAUCCAUUUUAUUGCCAUACACACAGGAAUUUGCUGUUUGAUUUUGAUGAAAUUUUGUAUUAUUUCAAGUGUUUAUUGUCAUUAAAAGCUUGCUCUCUCAUCAUCUGUUUUGCUUAUGUUAACAUCCUUGUUGUCAUCCACGCAUUGUAUUUAGCUUAGCUGGAAAAUUAUGUAGAUGAAUAAUUGCUAUGAUUACGAUUUUUCAAUACAUCAAUACAUAGCUUAAUAAUCCUUUCAUGUUAA